CUAAAACUCAAUAAUCAAUAACUCUCUUCUAAAAUUUCACCUCUGUAGAGUUCGUCCUUCGGUCCCGUCCGUGACGAUCCUUCUUUGUCUGUAUACAAAUUCAUAAUAUUCGUCUCAGAAUGUUCCAACGUAGCCAAAGUGGGGGCGGGACAUGGACGGAUGGCAAGAUUAUGUCGCAGAAAAGGCAACCUGAUGAUGGAAAAGAAGGCAACAGCUCCGGGGAGAAGCGUCAACGCUCCUUGAGAAAUUUGAUGUUAGAAGCGCUGAAGAUGCAUGCUGUUCAGACAAUUAUGGAACCCUUUGUUCGUAAAGUAGUGAAAGAAGAACUUGAAGUGGCACUGAGAAAGCAUUUGAUCAGUAUGAAGCAAAAUUGGAUUAGACAGGUACAUCCAUCUGCCUCAAGAAGUUUAGAAUUACAAUUCACAAACAAGCUUUCUCUUCCAGUUUUUACUGGCACAAGACUUGAAGCAGAGGAAUGUUCUGCCAUGAGGUUAGGUUUGGUUGAUACGAUAUCUGGUCAAGUUGUCAACUCUGGUCCUGAAUCCUUGGCAAAGGUGGAAAUAGUGGUGCUUGAAGGAGAUUUUGGAGGUGAUGCACUAGAAAAUUGGACAACUGAAGAAUUCAGUAACAACAUUGUUAGGGAAAGGGAAGGCAAGAGACCACUUCUUACUGGAAAUGCAUUUCUGAAUCUUAGUGAGGGUACUGGUGUUGUGGGUGAUCUUGUUUUUACUGAUAAUUCAAGCUGGACAAGGAGCCGUAAGUUCAGGUUAGGGGCAAGAGUCAUUGAUUGUAACUGUGAUGGCAUUAGAAUAAAAGAAGCAAAGACGGAACCAUUCAUGGUAAAGGAUCAUCGGGGAGAAUUGUACAAGAAGCAUUACCCUCCUUCUUUGGCUGAUGAGGUAUGGCGCCUGGAAAAGAUAGGCAAAGAUGGAGCUUUUCAUAAGCGUUUGAGGAGUGAAAAUAUCAACACUGUGAAGGAUUUCCUGACUCUUCUUUGUAUAGACACUUUGAGACUCAGAAAUAUUCUGGGGGCUGGUAUGUCUGCUAAGAUGUGGGAAGCCAUUGUGGACCAUGCUCGGACGUGUACACUUGAUAACAGGAUGUACAUGUACUACCCCCCUAAUGCUCAGAAGAGGAUGGGUGUGGUCUUCAACAUUGUAGGACAAGCUUUGGGACUCCUUGCCGAGGAGAAAUACGUACCCAUUGAUGGGCUCUCAGACGCUGAAAAGGCUGACACACAAAAGCUGAUACAAGUUGCCUAUGAACACUGGGAUCUUGUCUCUUUGGAAGAUGGUACUGCAAUGGGAAAUUUUUUGCAGUCAACUGCUGGUUGUAUUCCCUCCAGUUCACCUGCGGUGGAAAGUUCAUGCUGUAAUAAUUUGACAAGCCCUCAGAAGUCAGAUGAUUUGGGUUUUCACCAGAGUGUGCUUUCUUCAGAUGUUUCUUCUAUCUUAUCCAUUGGGAGCAGACGAAGAUUGAGUAAUUACAACUUGCAAGGUAGCAAUGACAUGGAUCUUAGGUAUGAGCAAUCUUCCAAUAUACCGAGUGAAGUUACGAACUCCCUUAUCAGUGACAUGGAGUCCAUGAUGCAAGGUUUCUGUGGUGAAGAUCGCCUGCAAUAUUUUGAUACUGAGGAUGCCUUUCGACCUCAAAACCUCGGUUUGGAUUCACAAGAUGACCUACAUAGUGCUGUCAGUGGCUUCCUUGCCAUGUCGGCUCGGUCUGCUGCAGCUGAUUCGCUUUGUAAAGCUCAGACACAGUGGAGAAUACUAUACAGCGUCCUGAGAUGGAGAUUCUCAAUUCGGAGGAUUGUAUCUUCAAAGAAGAACAGGCAGUGAGAAUUGGACAGAUACAUUUGGUGACUCUUGGUGAAAUAAAGAAACACAAAGAUAUGGUUAGGACUUGGGGUGCUAGAGUAUUGGGUCACAUUUGUGAAAGUAGUAAAUGCUUACGAGAAAAGAAAGAACAUAGUGGGUGCUGCGGGCUGCCCAAUUAGGCUUUCUGUACUGUUGUAGAGUUGUGGGUUUUGGGUUACAAUGUACAUAAACAUAGAUAUGCUGUACAGAACAAUGAGAGCUAAUUGUGGUUGCAGUGCUGGUCUUAAUGCUUUCAUGCAUGUUAAAGCAUGAUAUGAUGCUUGAAUUGGCUGC